AUGGGAAACGAGCUCUCUCAGGUCCGAAUGUCGUUCUCCGUCAUUGACUCGGCCAUUCCUGGUAAUGGUCCCGAGAGAGAUGUUGCUUCUUGGGGUGAUGAUUCGUUAUUGAUAAUAGCGUUGAAAGAGUUUCGACGUCGCCGGGCCCCUCUUCUGAUCUUAAUUGCCUUUUUGGUCUUCCUCUACAUUUAUAAAGCGGCUUCUCUCAACAUUCAGAAGAACGCUGGCGCAGACCGUUCCCGCACUCGUCAAAAUAUCGAGGACAAACCUCGGUUUGUCUAUCAGUCUCCCUUCCGACAAAACCCCGACUUUGAAUACGGAAGAAGGAUAUCCGAUGCUCUUCCGCAUGACGUAAUCUGGCAGAUAAUGCUUGGGGAGAAAGUAAGCCAUCACGGCCGAGGAAAAGACUCCAUAAAGUUCGAAGAGGACAAUAUUGAGUGGAGAUACAAUCUCAUAACAGAUAAAGAAGCCAACGCCUUCAUUGCCAAAUUGUCAAGCGUGCCAGAUCUUCAGGACCUAUAUACGUCCUACCCACACGACGUCCUUCGCGCAGACCUCCUUCGAUACCUCUUACUCUGGUAUCACGGGGGCUACUACGCAGACAUUGACACAUACCUGGCAAAGCAGAUCAAGGCAUGCCCAACAUUCUCACUAGUCGUCGGAAUAGAAGUCGACGAACCAUAUGCUUCGGCCCGUAUGAUGCGCGAGUGGCAUUGGACUAGGACCUACAGCUUUAUCCAAUAUACCAUGUUCGCGCCUAAAAGGUUCAGUCCGUUGCUUCGAGAAGUCAUUGUUCGGGUUCUGGCGCAUUCGGCACAGUAUAAAAGACUGGGCCGGUUCUUUCACGGAUUGAAGUACAAUGAGAAGGAUAUCCUGGGUAUUACUGGGCCUGGGGUGUUUACAGAUACUAUUCUUGACGUUUUGUCGGAGACACUUCCUUCGGCGCAUGACUGGGUAAACGUUUCUGUUGAUGCGGAUGCGGGAAUAGGAGAUCUUGUCCCUGCAUCUGGGGAAGCGGUUCAGAGACGGGUGACCUGGGCCCCGUUUCAUAAGAUCAGAGAGGGUGUCUGUUCAAUGGGUGGUAUCUGUGUGUUGCCCAUCAGUGUAUGGGGAAAUGGGCAAAGGCAUAGUGGUUCAGAGGGAUUCAGUAGCAAGCAUGCAUGUGUAAAUCAUCGGUUUGGAGGCACCUGGAAAAAGAAAGGAUGGUGGUAA